AUUAAGCAGUCAUUGUAGGCGUCCACAUUCGGCUGUGUUCUGCAUCCGAAAAUCUCGGUCGCGAUAGCCUCUCUAUCCCGCGGCCGCCACCUCCAGAAUCUUGGUCGCGAUAGCAUCCCGCAGCCGCCAUAAUCCUCCCAAUCUCGCGCUCCCCUGUGCUCCGCGGCCUCCACAUUUCACGCAGCCCUGCGCCGUGUUCGUUCGCGAGGUUGGGGCCGAUGAUGGCGGCGGCGGGGCGGCCUCCGAUUUCUGCGCGGCGUCCACAUGCGGCCGGCUAUGUUCUGCCUCCGGAAAUCUCGGUCGCGAUCGAUAGCCUCUCCAUCCCGCGGCCGCCACCUGAUCUCGCGUCGCGCGUCCCCACCGUGCCCGCCGCACACGCCGCGAUGAGAUCCUGGAUCCCCCUGCGACAUCCUCCUCCACCGCGCCAUGGCCGCCCCCGACGUCCUCGCGUGCCGCUCCCCGAGGUGGCGGGCAUGGUGCGCGCAGCUAUCGCGGGGGUCACGACGGCGACGCGAUUCCAGGAGCUGGUAGACUGGAUGGAGGAGCGGAAGGCGGCAUUCAGGGACGACGGCAAGUGGACAGAGACGGUGAAUCUGGGGCUCAGGAGCCCCGCGCUCAUCAUGUUCGGGCUGCUUCAGUUCGCCAUCGACAGGGACCUCGGGUUCGGGAAGACCAGCCUCGUGCUGCCCUGGGUGCGCCAUGGCCGGCUGGGGUCCGCGUCCGUGACGGUGGUGCCCUGCCCCAACGGCGACGGGUCGUGGUUCUUCGGCGGCACUAGGAUGUGGUCGCGGCUCAUGGAGGUGGUCGAAUCCGAUCCUUUGAUGAAGCCGACAGCGAACCCGAGAAUGGUGACACCGGCGGGAUCCCGUCUGUGACCCUAAACCGACGGGAACUGUGAACUCGCGCUGGCGGUACCUGCCAUUACGGUGUACGGGUAUCGUCACCAUCAUCAUCCAGAUCCAGGUUUUGGCCCCAGUUCAUUGAUUUGCUUGUUGGUACCGCUAUUGACCAUCCAAUGCAGUGUUCUCAAGGUCCAAAGUACGUGGACCUUCAGUUGGUGUAAUCAGAAGCAAUAUCCAAGAUAUUCAUUAUGCACUUCUACAAAAUGUAAUGUAAUCCUAAGUGUUCAUCCUUUUAUUUUUCUUGAGUGAAUGAAAUGUUACUAAAAUUAUUCAUUUUCCAGAUAUUUACCAUGUGCCAUAUUCUUUUUA